AUGGACUGCUGCAACUACGUCGAGGCUUAUGCGGCAGGGAGCCACUUUUAUCAACAACAGCACUACUUUUGCUAUGAUAACGCGAGCACAGAUUACGGCGGCUACGAGCCACCACCGAUCUCCAGUGCGAUCGAAACUAGCGCGCGAUACAACGGAACUGUACCGCCUGCGUAUCCUACAGAUUACGUGUACAAUCCCAAGGAGGCGAGGCUACGGAAGGCGAUGCGCGAACAGAGUCGCGAACUAUCCAGACGAUCGAUCUUGCAGAGCGCGAUCGCUCGAGCAGGCGUGAUCGCCAGUCCAGUCACUUCCGGCGGCUUUCUGGAUCAUCAGCACCGUUUCGGCUGUGUGUCAGCGGCCAACCUACCGAUGAAUACGUCUGUAGAAUCGGAUCGAGUUGCAGAGCCAUGGUUUCAGUCAACGUCUCGUCCAAAGCCGAUCCACUCACCUCGAAUAGCCGAUUGGUACGGCAAUGUGGCUGACCCUAUCGAAAGACUGCAAGUAAUGGGUGCAAUGCAUCAGCGUCUCGACAAAUGCAAAGAUGUGAUGAGAAAUCAGGCGGUGGCCAGUGUAACAAACACUGUAGCCGCUGAAUGCGGUGCUACGUUUCCGAAUAACGGAUAUCCGGUUGAUUUCAGCGAUGUUAAUCGCGAAAGAGACUUACGUCGCCAUGAAAAUAUGGAAUAUAAUGAAUUUACUGAUAGUCAGAAAUGGCACCCUUAUCAGAAUGGCGGAAGUGCUCACCAACAUUCCAGAACAACUCAUCCUUCUCAGAUGAACAACAUUCUUCAUCCAAAUAUUCAAAGCUCGAGUUCACAUGGACAUGGACCAUGGGGGCAAUUUUGCCACGGCGUAUUACCACAUACUGCACCUAUACCUCGAAACAUUGGAGUUCGAGGACCACGACACACAGUUUUGUUACGGGACCGUUUGCCUGCUAGACAUUGUGAAUUUUCCGAAGAAGCAGCAAGAAUGGUGUACAACCCAAACAAAAUUGAUAUUGAUAAUGUACGAGCAUCGUACACUCCUCCUGAACACCAGAUGCCAAGAUUACUUGAAACUUCGGUAAAUUCCGUUAUGGAUUCUGCAUCCACUUUGAGGAUUCGUCGUGAAGAUGAUGGGCCCAGGUGGGAACCAAAUGCUAUGAAUAACAGAAUGUCUAUGGAUAACUUAGCUGCAACAACGGAACCUAGCAUAUCCCGUGAAAAGGAGCGUGAAUCUCGCCGGUCCACUGAAAGAUUCGAGCCAAAGAAGAAGAUAAUUAGCAAACAACCAUUGCCUGGUUUUCACCAAGCUUUCGGUUCUACGGAAAUCGGCAGGUUCUCUAGAUCGGAGUUUUUCGUAAAUAUGGUGGGUGAGAGCGGCGGAAGCGUGGAAGUCACCGACACGGAAAGUACUAAUGUAAGUACGGAUCGUAUAUCAGAAGUAAAUGGAGCCGCAGUCACCACUGCGACGCACGAUACGUCUGUGGUUACUACGACCGCAACGACGACCGUGAGGUCUUUCGACGGCGACGACAGCGAGGAGGCAAGUUUCGACGACUCGAACAACGACCUCGUCGCUCCGACGUCGAUGGGCAUGUAUUGCAGCCAGCCAAGUAUUCCUCGCUGGCAUAGUCCUCACGUAGGCGCUAUAGGUAGCGAAAUUUAAGCGAAUCUUUAAUUCUUUCGUGGGCUGAAGCAUUUCCCACUUGGAAGUCAGACAGAGACUAAUUCUAGUCAUUUUCAGAAGUAUGAAGCAUUUUCAUAAUUUCCUUUCUGGAUACCGUGGUUUAUGAAAAUAUUUUGAACUGUUGCGUCCGAGGGAAUAAAAGAGAAAUAGAAAAGGGUGAUUAAAAAUCUGUAUAUUCUGUGGUGUGUACUUGUACGUAGACAUUUACAAAUUUGAUCAAGAGU